CUGCCACAUCUAAAGGUUUCUGUCCUGUGGACUCUGUUUCCCUUCAAACACCCCUCUUCCUGCCUCUUCUCUCUAGUCUCCUUUCUGGUGUCUAAAUGGUUUGUCUGAGGAGGAUGUCCGCAGCAUUAUGGCCAGAUCUGUUUGUACAAAGUCUGCAUUUGAGCUAUGGGGCCACGGAAAAACACAAAGUGAACUCCGAAAAUCCCUCUUGAGCUACCCACAAGAGAACAUGGUUCGUGAUGCUAUGUCUUAGAGCUUGAUUCCACCAGGCAUGACUGCAUCGCGGUCCCGCGGCAGCUGAUUGCAGCCAUUCUGGACAAUGCUUGUGAUUCCACCAGAAGCAACGCAGCAUGUUUCUGAAGCUGCUCUCCGCUCUGCUCCGCUGCAAAUAUGUAGCUAGUCUAUGUUUGACAGAAGGUGCGUCCGCCUGCAUGGAGCAGCUUGAGCUGGGCAGGAGGUCAAACACAGGAACGGCAUCAAGCCCCUGGUCAAUUUUCAAAAUAAAGCAACCUGUGCAGACUCCCAGUCGUACAUCACAUCAAAACGGACAAAAAGCAAGUCAUUUAACUAUGUAGCCUACUUAUCCAUAGUAAGCUAUAGUAGAAAAACAAAAUGGUGGAAACACAAAAAAAAUCAAGGAAAAUCUGAGCAAGUCAACAAAAUCUGGCAAAACACACUUCUGAAACUCUCCCGUCGGGGUAUGAUGCUGUACUGAGGACGGAACAAAACCGCAUUGCAGCCAGAACGCGAUGUAGCUGUUGGACAUGUUGAGUACUGUAAUUUUAGGAAAACCUUCCAUCUAAAACAUACCGUGUCUAAGCUGAUAUGUUUAAAUUUGCGCUUGUGCUCUUCCUCCAUACUCCCCUACAGUCACCGUUCAUGCACAAAGACUCAACUUACAGAAUUAAUGUCUACACUUUCAACAAGACUCUGGAGUUUGCAGACAGAAUCAAAAGGAUUGAUGCUAUGGAGUAUCUUCCAUUUGAAGGCACGGUGAGCCUGAAGAGCCCUCAGCACAUCUUCUGCUUGUUGGAGGAUUAUGGCACGGACCCCAACAACAUCCCUGAGCAUCCAAACUACAUCUAUUUUGGCAGAUGGCUGAUGGGCAGCGUGAACUGAUUCGCUCCCACAGUGUGAAGAACAGACACUUCAUAGGAAACACCACUAUGGAUGCUGGGCUCUCAUUCAUUAUGGCAAACCACGCUAAGGUCAAAGAGAAUGACCUUGUCUUUGACCCGUUUGUUGGCACAGGGAGCCUGUUGGUAGCAUGUUCUCAGUUUGGAGCCUAUGUCUGUGGAACAGAUAUUGAUUACAACACGAUUCAUGGCAAAGGCAGGUCGAGCCGUAAAAACCAGAAGUGGCGAGGACCUGACGAGAAUAUCAGAGCCAACCUGCGGCAGUAUGGAACAGAGAGGAUGUAUGUAGAUGUCAUGGUGUGUGAUGCAUCCAAGCCAGUGUGGAGGAAGGCUGCACUUUUUGACGCCAUCAUUACUGAUCCUCCUUAUGGUAUCCGUGAGUCCACUAGGAGAACAGGCUCCCACAAAGACAUUACUAAAUCCCCUGAUUGCAUCUACGUAGAGUCUCACGUCCCUGUUUCACAGGCCUACCACCUGAGUGACAUCUUCACAGAUCUGUUAAACUUCUCUGCCCACCACCUGGUCAUGGGCGGGAGGCUGGUCUAUUGGCUGCCUAUCUACAGACCAGAGUACAGUGAGAGGAUGGUACCGCUUCAUCCAUGUCUGCGGCUCAUCAGCAACUGUGAGCAGACGCUCUCCAGCCACACCUCACGACGCCUGAUCACCAUGCUGAAGAUCAAGGAGCCUGAGGAGCUAGACAGCCUGGCUCAUCUGGCAGACCCAUGCGUCAGCCCCUACCAGGGACACAACUCCUUCAGAGAGAAGUAUUUCAGCGGUCAAAACAAGAGGUGUGGCAAGGAGGACAACAAGUCAGACGGCGCUGGAAAGUGAACGACUCGAAUGCUCGAUCGAAAGAUCGGAGGAAAUGUGUCUUUAUAGAAAAGAGAAAGCGACCGACAUGAGAAUCUUUGACUCCAUGGUCAGUCUGUUCAAAGAGGGAAACAAACUGAUAACUUAUUUGUUAUAGUUAUAACUUUUAAAAUCUUUCUCACAAUUUUAAUUAUGAUUUUUAUGCCUGUACUUAUUGCUUUGCAAAUAAAUGGAUCAA